AUGACGGUGCGCACUCGGAAACAAACCGUUUUUAGAAUCAUUGCGUUGACAAUCCUUUUUCUUAUUUUUUGGUUCGUUCGUCAAAACGUGCUUAUAACAUCAACCCUACGUGUCAAACAUAAGGACAAACAAAGUCUUGACUUUGAAUUGGAUUUGUCCUCUCUUGGCGCUAACUCAAAACAAACUCGAAGAAACAUUAUAAUAGUUUCUCAUGGGCGUUCCGGAUCCACAAUAACUGGAGACAUGUUCAACCACCAUCCUUCUGUGUUCUAUUUGCAUGAGCCGCUGCAAACUGUUGAGAGAAUUAGUCAAUUUCAAAAGAACGCAAGACUUCCCCGGACGAUCCUGAUUAUGGCAGCCUCAUGUCCGAGGUCUUAAACGGCAUUUUCCGGUGUAAUUUUAGCAGGCCAGUGGUUGAAGAUUUGGAACAUUUCUAUCGUCAUCCGAGCCAUCCUCGUGCUAGCCACGCAAUUGCGUCGCCACCUUUGUGCCCAUAUGAAAUUAACGAUUCAAGAUGGGACCCAAGCCUCUGUCCUCCACUGACAAGUGGAUCUCUGGGAAAGGUUUGUCGGGACAACUACAAGAUGACUGUGGCAAAAAUCCUGCUCAGUCGCAUCACAGGAGCAAGCAUUAAACAUAUUCUAGAGUCAUGCAGUUCAGCCAAAGUUGAUUGCAAGAUCAUUUUUCUCGUUAGAGAUCCCCGCGCUGUCAUUGCUUCUUCUCGAAGUGUUAAUUUUUUCAAAGAUUCCGUAAGGGAUGUGAGUAGGGCAAAUUUGCGGACCUAUAGCUUUACAAAUUGCAAGCAAACUGAGGAAAAUUUGGCGCUUGUUAAGUCUCUUUCCUUUCGCUGGCGAAAGCGUGUAAUGAUUCAACGAUACGAAGACUUUGCAAUGGAUCCUCUAACAGGGCUGUCACGCCUUUUCGAUUUCGCAGGGCUGUUAGUCCCAGAGGACGUGAAAACCUGGUUGGAUAAAACGACUCAUCCAAGCAGUGAUCACGAAGAACUAAGGUCGGCAUGCAGAGGAUACCAUCCGGCCUUCUGCACCGUUGACGAAUCCACUGUGGCUGUGAAUCGAUGGCGUUGGAAAGUUCCGCUCAUUGACAUUGACAUCAUGGAACGUUAUUGCAAGGAUUUAAUGCAGAUAAUGGGCUACAGGCCUGUGGAUCGGUCUCAUGAGCUGUUGUCUAAUAUCAGUAUCCCUUUGUUUAAGAAAGAUUACCAAGUAAAAGGGUGGUUCUAA